UGCAUUGCACUGUACUCGAGCAAUGAUGUAUUUAACAGAAUAUUUGGGGUGCGCUAUGGUGUUGUCGCCGGCUCAGGUUCGAAUGACUUUACUUCAACUAUUCCUUCACGCGGCAGAUAUCUCUAAUCCGACAAAGCCGUUUGAGAGUUGCAAGGCCUGGGCUAAUAGAGUUUUGGAUGAAUUUUUCGCCCAGGGUGAUCUAGAGAAAGCCCAGAACAUACCAGUCCAGAUGCUAAAUGAUCGCAAUACCGUCUCGAGGCCGCAUUCCCAGAUUGGCUUUCUCGAGUUCUUGGUUGCACCUUUGUUCCUGCUGCAGGUAGCGAGAGACGCAGGUUCGAUCCCCGGCUCCGACAACUAA